GUACAUUCAUAUUUAAAUUUCAUCCUUCCCUUAUUAACAAAAUUUUACCUAACAUUUAGAAAUGUCAAUGAACAUUUUAAAAAGGUAAAAAAAUAGUUGCUUUACAUUGCUAAGUUCUACUGUCCACAUUAUAUUUAUAUUUCUUAUUUCAGCCUUUACUUAUUCACAUGAAUGACUUGGUUUACAUGUUGUUGUUGCUUUUAUGAACUUAGGUCUGGAACAAGAUGAUGGUGAUGGUAGCAAAGAAGCUAGACGUGAAUCAUUAAAUGAGGAAUAUGUUGAUGAUGAUCAGAGAGAAGAUGAUAAAAUAAGUGACGAUGAUGUAAAAGAUAAGACAGAGGACAAAAAUGACGAUACACUUGAAGACAAACAAGAAGAGAAAAUAAAUGAAGAAGAGAAGCAAGAACGUUCUGAAGAUGAGAAUAAACUGGAAAAAGAGGAGGAAAAUAUAGAAGAGGAUCAAAAAGAUGAGCAAUCACAGAAAUCAGAAGAAGAUAACAAGUAUGAUAAUACAGAACAAAAAGUUGAAACCCAAAAUGAAGAACAGAUAAAAUUAGAACAGACAGAAGAAAAAGAAGAAACAAAUUUUGAGAAGUCUGAAAUUAAGCAAGAUGAUGAUAACACAAAGACAAAAGAAGAAAAAGAAUCUGUUGAUAGUAAAGAUGAAUUGGAAGAUGAUGAACAAAAAGUGGAAGAUAAAGAAGCUGCUGAUUCACAAGAAGAAGCUCAGACAAAUGAUCAUCAAGUGGAAAACAAUGUAAAAGGGGAGCUGAUUGAAGAAGAAAAAGCAGAAAAGGAGCAACCUGUUGAAGAAAUUGUUACUAAUAAAGAAAAGUCUGAAAAUGAAGUUAAUAAUGAAGGUGGAAGCAAUGGAAAUGGUGUUGCCAUUAAUGAUCAAAAUGUUGUAAGAGGUGAACUGUUGGAUAAAGAAAUGGAUGGUGAUAACCAAAUUGAAGAGACAAACGAUGAGGAUGUAAGACCUCAAGGAAAUAAACAGCUUGAAGAAGAUAUUGAUGAUGGAAUUAAAGAUGAGUUGAAAGAAGGAAACAUUGAAGAAGGAGAAAAAGAGCAGAACUCUCCAAAUAAGGAAACCUCUGAGGAAGGAAAAGUGAGUCCCCAAGAAGACAAAGAACAUGAAAAGACAGAAGGUGAUGAUGGCAUUAUAAGAGGUGAACUUCGUAGUAGAGCAAGCAUAACAAGUGCUUCCUCAAUAAAAAGUAAAAAACAAACACCAGUAUCCUCCCCUGGAAAAUCUAGUUUAAAAAAGAGUGAAUCUUCAAGAAGUUUAAGAUCAAGAAGCUCAUCUAGAGGCUCGUUAAAACGUGCAGCAGAUACUGGAAAACCAGAUGGCAGGCACACACCUCAAUCUGUUCUUAAGAAACAGGAUUCCAAGACGAGCCAGAAAUCAGCAAGUAGCCUCAGAUCUGUAAAGCAAGACUCUACAGAGAGUCAAAGAUCAGACAGAAAAGGGUCUAGUGGAAGUCAAAAAUCUAUAAGACAAAGGUCUGGAGGUAGUCAAAAGUCCUUGAGAAAAGGAUCAACUGGAAGUCAAAAGUCUGCUAAAAGCUCCACCAGCAGUAUACAUCAAGAGUCUCCCAUUAAAUCAUCUAAAGAGCCAGGGCAGGCAGAGGUGAAACCUCAGAGUAAAGAUAAAAGGGAAUUGAAAGAUCCCAAGCCCAAGGCUGAGACACCUGAACCUCUGGAGAACAGGGCAGUUAAAGGUGAAAUGGUUGAACCAGGAGAGUCCAGACACAGUUCACCCCAACCAAUACUUAAAGCAAAGGCUGAGCUUUAUGAUAGUGAGAAAGAUGCAAAAAUUGCAGAAAAAGAUGAAGGUCAUGCUGAUAAAGGAGAAUUGGCAGAUGAGGAAGUAAAAUCUGAAACAGAAAAUGUGAAAGAAGAAGUUCUAGAAGAUGAAAUAGUUACUCCACAGGAUAGAAGUUAUCACAAUGUUGAGAAAGGUGAACUAACAGACCAGCAAGAUGUACCACAAAAUGAGGCUAUAGAUGCUAACAAAGGCCCAGAUGGUCUAAAGGAUGAACUUGUUGAACAGAAAGACGGAGCUGGUUCUACAAAAGGCUAGUGGGAAAACCCUAGACAUUGUUUACUACCUAGACAUUGUUACCACAUAGACAUUGUUUACCACAGUAGAACUUAUGAUUCAUCUAGAUAUUCCCCACAUUAAUACAUUUCCAUAAAAGUAUGCAUGACGAAAAAUAUUCCAAUUUGGUAUGGUUGUAACUUCUUCUUUGGUUGUUUGUCAAACAGAUUUUUGUAAUACUGGAAUAUAACAG